AUGAUGAAGGAAGGUAGCACCACUGUAGGUACCAUGUCGACUACUCCCUCGUCCGUGUCGGAGACGCUCCAGUCUAUGGAGCAGAAGUGCUCCGCAUUCCAUGAUGCCUUAAAAUUGUGUUACAAGGAGUCGUCGAAGAUAGGCAGUGGUAUGAAGAGCAAGUUCAACGAUUUGAUGCAGAAUGUGACCUCUUUCUCGAAAACACUGGCAAAGGCAACUGACGCAAAGACACUAUUGAACUUCCCGACUAAACUUGCCUGCUGCGUUUUGUUAGAAGCGAUCACCUUUGCAAACAAUAAGACCAAACCAUUAGUGGCACACAAUACAGCACUACAACAGCUCUUCUCUAUUAUCGAUUUCCUUUAUCAGCGUAGUUCUAUGAACCCGGAUAAGGUGGAGUCCGUUGGCAUCGGUCUUGAUAACAAUGAGUUAUAUAUCUAUAUUGACAUGGUCUUCAAGAUGUUCGAAACAAUUGCAAAGUUGUCAAAAGUUGACGAAUCGGUACAUCUACGUACCGUACAAACACUACUUCAAUCCUUUUCACCAACCUCACCCAUAUUGCUCUACGAAGAUAUACUUCGUCGUAGCUUUCAAUUCCUCGAUGUCAUGUUAAAGGUUGACAGCAAGGUUAUCAAGCCCAUCGUGGAUGGAGGUGUACGGCAGUUGAUGCACUGUAUCCUCACCAACCCUCGAAACUCCAAAGGGUCAAACGUGAAGACAUCUGGGAUACUAGCUUCAGGAACCGGCGCAAAUGCAUUAUCGCCAAGAAAUAUCGUUACCAGGACAAACUCUGGGAUCCCGGUGUUCCAAGAUGCUCCACAGCUUUUACAUGCUGACCUGUUAGUAGAUCUCAUGAGUUGCUUCUGUAGCAUAAUCAAAGGGGAUAUAACUGAAUCUAUGCAGAACCUAGAUCCAUCAAGCGCUUCAGCGGUAUUGCUCAUCGCCCUAGAGGCUAUGCCUAGGGGUUCGCUUUUUGAGCACCCGAAGUUACAGGCACUGGCCAAAGGCGACCUUUACACUACCAUGAAAUCUGUUCUGGUUGGGUCCACGCUCUUGAACGACGCCUGUCUUAUACUCGCAAGGAUCAUGGAACAUGGUUACUACUAUACUAGUUAUUCGCAUAGCCCUGACCGGGGAGUAGUUAACCCUUAUGCUACCCUUUACAAUUUCGUAGAGCUCGAGCUUAUUGAAACUGCAACUCCAGAUGGAUUGCAGCGCAAAUUGGCAUGGAUGAGGGGGUUUGUUACAAUAAUGCAGUCAAAUGAGAUGUUGAAUGAUAUGUCUCAUCAUAAGGCUACACGUAUUUUGCUCGUAGAAAUAUUGAAGUUUACUGUUAAACGGCAUAAAAUGGUCAAUGAUAAAAGUUUGGACCAUUUGUUCGAAGGGAUGUACAAUUGUGGCGAUGGCCAUCAACUUAUAUCCGAACAAAUUGACAAUAUCGAGACUGGAUGGGUUCAUCGUAGUAGCUGUGGUUUGAAAAUGUUACCACUAUUUGCAAUUAAACUUGCUUCGGGUUCUUUUGCCAUGGAUUUUUGCAACAUGACCAACGGUGUAAUUGGCAAAACAUCAAGGAUAACUUCUAACGAGUCCAUGGACAUGCAACAAUUGGAACUUGUCGAAUCGGCGCUAGCUAUCGACGCUAUGCUCACGGCCGCCCAUAUGUUAUAUAGUUGUGUUGUGGGUUUGAACCGGCACGUAUCUGGUUUCGCUCCUUACCGUAUUUUCUAUCCCAAGGUUGCAGGUGACGAUCAGGAGAUCUUACAACGUGAUAGUGUUGAAAGUGAAUCACAGGAUGGCUCCGAUCCAUCGUCAUCGGCCGAAUCGAUUGAUGUCGAUCCAUGGAUUCAUCUACAGGAAUCUACCGAUAUGUUAAUUCGGCAGUUUGAACGUAUGCUGAACGUUAUGAGGUCUCCCGUGAUGCAAGAGGCAUUGACCGCAGUGUUACAAGCACUUUUAGUCGUCUGCAGCAUAUUCAGAUGGGAGGAGCUUUAUGAGCGGUGUGUCAAAGCGCUCGUCACGUAUAUUGUUUUGGUAGAGCGGCAGUUCACUACGGAUUACCGAAAGUGUACCGUGGAAACGUGGUCACUCUAUCUAUUGCAUAUCCGUUGUUUGAACGCUAUGUUGCUGAACUACCCCAAUGCGCUGCAACACAUCGCCUGGGAAUCUUUUGUAGAGCACUUGAUAGUAUUUCUACUGAUAUCAAGACGGCUGGGUCUGGCCAAAGCCACGCAUCUAAAAACUCUAGAACCGUUAGAGGUGGACGCUUCGAUGGUAGCACUAGAGGAGAUCCAUGAGGAAUGGGACGCUGCACUUACCGAAACCAUUGGCGUAUUCGACAGAUUGAGGGUACAUGAUGUUGAAGUUCUAGAAGGAUUCUUGAUGCAUUUCGGGUUCCAUAUUGUCAUACCGCUAUUAGCGAAAUCAAAAUAUGCAGUAAAAUUAAAUCACUAUUCACUGACUCCAUGUGGAUCGACGUUUGAAGAGAAAAUGUCGCUAAUAAAUCGUACCAUGGAAGCGUGGCCUGACGAGUUUGUAGGUAUGAUUGAAAAUGACCGCGAGAAAUGGCCAGAGUUGUUAGGUGAACUUGCACAAAGUUUAGGUAAGGAUAGUAUUCUGGCUGGUGCAGAGCCUGAGUUCCUCCAUUGUCUAUUUGGUAUAAUUACGAAUUUCCCAUAUGCAAGACAACAUAAUGUUGUGAUGUUGUUAACAGGGAUAAUGAUAUGUCUCGUACGCGACCGUGGUGGUAUAGAAGUGAUGAUCCAAGCUGUCUGCCGCAAUAUCGUUAGUCUCUGUUUAGCUGGUCAGACCUCUAGUGUGCGUUCUAUCGACGCUGGUGUAUGUGUCUUAUAUAAAACAUUAAGGGACAAUACUGCACUCUGCAUGAACGUGAUCAAUGGGCUCAAGAUCAUAUGUACCACGGUACCACAAAUAUUCGCUGUCAGCAGCCGUGUCAUGGACACACUCAUGUUUGCUACAAAAUAUGUAGUCAGAUCUGAUGAUACCAGUGCCACUAUAGCCCUUAUCGAUGUCUUUGCGGCUAUAGUCGAGGACUCUGUGGACUAUUUGCAGGAUGAAGCUUGCCUACAAUUGGUACAAUCCAUCUUCAUCAUGUCCCACAGCACCUAUAGCAGUGAUAAUAACGCGGCGUUCCGUGUGAUCUCAUUGGUCCUAGAUUUUGCUGAGAAGAUGGCUGCUAGAAGUAACUAUUUUGGUGCAUCUCGUCCUCCACGCUGUAAAGAGGAAGAGAUGUGGACUUCUAUUUUCACAGGUCUGCGUGAGCUUGGUCUCUCGGAAUUCACUGAGAUACGUCAAUGUACUAUAAAAUCGCUAGCUUUAUUUAUCAAGGGGAGGCUUAAUCGUUUUAGUAUAGAAAUGUGGGAUCUCUGCUUCACUAAGAUGCUGAUGCCUCUUGCAGAAGGGCUGUUGGACUCGCUACACCAUAUCACAGCACAUCAAAUAAUAUUCAUCGUCUGUGACGAGCUAUAUGUAGCAUUCAAGGACUGUAAUCCUAUAUACCGGCAGAAAUGUGAAGCUAUCAUGUCCCAGCUCAUAACAGGUCUUGAAAAGGUUGUUGACGCUACUAUAGGGAACAAGUUGCUGUUACCAAACGAGCUCAAUUCGGCACUCAGCAUGGCAAUUAGCAUAGCGACAAAUAUCAUUAUCGAUUAUUGCCGUUGUGAUUUUAUCUGGGUGAAAUGUGUUUCGAUCUUUCAAACUGUAAAGGAUAAGGAUAUUGACCUUUUGCGCCAGACUUUCUUCAAGAGCAUAUGCAACAUUAUAACUUCGCUAGGGGAGAAGGAAGAAGGUAUCGAGGAGAAGCUUAUGGAGAUCAUCAAGAUGGCAUUAGGUGACCCUUCUCCUGAAGAGUCUGAUGAGCUUGAGUCUUUUGCUACGGCAAAUAGCGAUACCGAUCUGCAUCGCUGGUUGGUGGUACCUCCCUGGAUAUUUAUGACAUCCAUGGAUUCUAAAGAGUUCACGGAAGCAAUGGUUGAAGAUAACCUACGAGCAGGUUGGGAUGGUUUCCCAACAUCUGACGACCCUUCACGUAUCUCUUCAAAAGAUAGUAGCAGAGACCAAAAGACACCCAAUUGCGAUCCUCAAACUACAGUGGAAACACCAACAGGUGGCCAUGUAACACCCCUGACAAUCUAUGCCACCCUGAAGCUUGCAGACGAUACAAAGAUUAAAUUUACAUUGAGAGACAAGAUACAAAACUCAAUAGGGAUAUUGCAAGAGAUGCAGCUGUUGCAGUUGGUCACGCUACAUUAUAACCCCCAGGUACUCGUUGGAACGGAGGCCUUGUCCAAAGUGACGCCUGUGGAUAUCGCAAAGGCAUUGGAAGAGGUACCAGCACAGCGUACAGGACCGGAACCCAUGGGAAACCGCUCAAUCCUAGAUAUGGUUCUUACUAACCAGGAACGAUCGACUGUCAUCGGUAACAUAGUUACCCAUGUUAAGGAGCCGCAGCUGAUCACUCUGGUGGAGACCUACAGCCCGGUGUCAAAGCUAUUCAAAUGUUUGGGCACAAUCAAGAGCCCUGCGGUAUACGAAAUGUUGCUUCGAGCGUUGAUUAACAAGUAUCUUAUUGGUAAGAUAGCAAAGGUCGAUUUGGCACUACAGCUGGUGGACAAGAUCGUACAAUCGGUUAGGGAAGUGCUGUUACGAUUCCUGGCAGAGUGCUCAGAGGUGAUCGGUAUUAAAGAAAAGGCCCCCAAUUUUAUCAAUUCAAAGGUAUACAGGCUUAUGAUGCAUACGGUACUCCCUAUGGUACCUGUUAUUUUUGAAAUUGCAAAGAGGAUACUCAUGAAGCAUACCUUACAACCGGUCGCUAUAGUACUCUACCAGGCAUGUGUCAAUAUGGCUAAAUAUGUCUAUCUAUGUUUAUACGUGACCAUCCACUUCCUGUCUGUAGUGGUGGAGCAUCCGAUGGUGAACUUUUGGAAGUCCCUGAUGCCUACAAUACAGUUCUUUGCCGCAUUGAAUUACACGGAUGAAUUGGAAAGUCGCGUUAGGUACCUCAGGAUAUUACAUGCGGUGGCUAUCGAUACCUGCAGUGCCAUAGUGGUCAAUGUGUUCAGCGUAGCACCUCCCUUCAUCUACACCGGCGUGGCUAAGGUGCUGGACAGCUUCGCUGACGGCCAGAGUGCAGUGCUGCGUCGAAUAGCGUUACAAAGGUUAUGCGACGCUGCAUCUAUACCGUUUAUCCCGAGUAUCAUCGAGAAAACGACCAAUUCGCUUCAUACGAACGUUAUUGCGAUCCGUAUGCGUGCGUUUUUGACCAAGCGUUUCUUCUUUGUACUUUCAUGGCACGUGCGCCAGUUUCUGCGUAGCAAGGAUUGCGAAAUUGAGGUGCUCGCUGCUCUGCAACUUGUGGAGACCAACGCCACGUUGCCUAACGAGCUGCUAUUCGAACCUGAGUACAUACGUAAGCACAAGUACUUGAACUUCGUGGAAAAACGACCUUUGGUGUCCCUUACCAUGCCUUAUCUCCUGGAUCUGCUAGAAUCUGAGAAUAAACGUGUUAUUCGUUCUACAAGGAGGAUUAUAUCGCUAUUCCUCGAAGAGAUGGGCGCCCAGGUAGUACCACCGUGA